AUGGGCGAUCGCAGCAUGCUUCUCGACAUGGGCUUCACCCCAGAGCGAGUCGAUUGGGCCCUGUACGCCACCAAGAAUGCCGGUCUCCAGCCCGCACUCGAUCACCUAGAAGCCAACCAAGACAGCCCCGUACCGACAGACUACAAGUCUGCUUCCGCUGCUGCCGCGACGUCCUCCGGCGCCGGAGGUCAUGAUUAUGACGAGGAGGACGAAGCCGCCCUUGCCGACCUAGUCUCCAAGAAGGGCCAGCAGGCUGCCGACGACGCCGUCAACAAUGUCGGCGAGGCCAAGUCCAUCAAAUGCUCCGACUGCGGCAAGACUUUCAAGUCGCCCGCCUUCGCCCAGUUCCACGCCGAAAAGUCGGGUCACACGUCGUUCGAAGAGAGCACCGAAGAGAUCAAGCCGCUCACCGAGGAGGAGAAGAAGGCCAAGCUCGAGGAGCUACGCGCCAAGCUCGCAGCCAAGCGUGCCGCACAGAGCAAGAUCGACGCAGAGGAGUCGCGCGUCAACGAAAAGAUCCGUCGCAAGGCGGGCCAAGACCUCACCGAGGUCAAGGAGGAGAUGAAGCGCAAGGAGCAGCUCAAGGAGGCAGAGCGCAAGCGCAAGGAAAAGGCCGACGAUGCCGCCUUCAAGGCCAAGGUCAAGGCCCAGAUCGAGGCGGACAAGCGCGAACGCGCCGCAAAGGCUGCCGCCGACAAGGCGGCUCGCGAGGGCAAGCCCGCUCCCACAGCUGCCGCGCCGGCGGGUCCUAGCGCUGCAGCGCUCGCAGCAAGCGCAGGUCCGCAGGCGUCGACCAGCUCGGCCAACGACGCACGCCUCAGGGUGCGCGCGCCCGGGGGCAUGUGGAUGGGCACGCUCUCGGCCGACGCUACACUCGCCGACGUCGCCGACAAGAUCCGAGCCGAAGGCAAAGAUGGCGGCAGUGCACAGCUCAAAUUCUCGACCACCUUCCCUCGCAAGUUCUUUGACGCAAGUGAUGCAAACAAGACGCUUCGCGAGCUGGGCCUCGUACCCAGUGCUGCGCUAGAGGCCUCUCCGCUGUGA